UCGAGGGGGUUACUCAUUAAUCUAGGUCCAGGUCCAUAACCUUAGAUAAGGGCAUGCGAACCGGCAGAUCAGCCUCAGGCUCUGCGCGUGCAUGAAUUAAGAAGAAUGACAGCAGGUCAGCAUUGAAGAUUUCUGUGUCUUCUAUUCAAGGUGAAGGGGCAAGUCCACUUUAUCAGCCACGUGAACUUCUGUGAGUUGUAAUAGUAUACUGGCUCCAAAGACCUUUAAAUACAUUUCAAAAACCAAUUUGCCACGUGGUGUAAAGUGAGAAGCCUCAAGCCGUCCAACUGCCGAGAGCUGGUUGGAAAGUUUAAGCCAAGUGCCUACAAGAGACUCAAGCAGUGGACGUUCGAUCAAGACCUACAAACCCAUUAUUCUCACUGAUAUUUUUGAGAAGUGAUAUUUUGGGGUCAGCUUUUAGCCUUUUUGUGAAGAAUAAUUCACUUGGAUUUUUUAUUCACAAACUAACAUGUGGCUUUUUGUCAUUGUCACGUCUUAAAGGAAAGUCACUUUGAAUGGAGAACAUAAUUUGCAUGCUACCCAAGUUCAGGCAGGAUCUGACACAAGCCUGGAGAAGGGGAACGCACCUGUCUCUCUUCCUUGACCUGUAGAUGCUCCGCACAAUUUUUAUUCAUUGGCACCAACUUGUGCAAUCUUUAAUGGGAUAAAUUAUCUCUCGGGAUCAGGUGAACCGCUGAUCUAAACUAAACUAAAGCCUUAAAGCAUCUUAAUUUCUUCUUAAUUCACACUUUACAUCCUAAGGCCUCCGCAUGGUACUCUGGUCGAAAGAUCAAGACAAACUGUCUGACAUGUCUACGGGGACGGAGAGGAUAGAGAUGAAGAAGGAGGGAGCGCCGCCGGCAUACCACCACUCCAAUGGGUCGGUUCAUCCUGUAAUACUUCCCGACAACCCCGAGGGGGUACCCCCAAACUCUGGGGAGUACGAACUCACCGAGGUGACCUCCCUACCGGACCACGGUGAUCAGGAGAACGAGCGGCCAGACAUGGUGGUCCUCGACUGUCGGGCCAACGCAAAGGGCCAGAGAGAAGAGGACGCACUCCUGGAGAACGCCAGCCAAAGUAAUGAGAGUGAUGACACUAGUACGGACCAAAGCCCGGUGCCGCCGGUUCCACUAAAGGAAACAUCGUUCACUAUUGGACUCCAGGUUCUAAUCCCUUUCCUGCUGGCAGGGUUUGGGACAGUUGCAGCUGGCAUGGUUCUGGACAUUGUUCAGCAUUGGACAGUGUUUACAGAGGUGACUGAAGUAUUCAUCCUGGUUCCUGCUCUCCUGGGCCUGAAAGGGAACUUGGAAAUGACACUUGCAUCCAGACUGUCCACUGCAGCUAAUAUUGGACAUAUGGAUACAGUCAAGGAUAUGGGGAAAAUGAUCAUGGGAAACCUCGCGCUAAUUCAGGUUCAGGCCACUGUGGUCGGCUUCCUGGCCUCCAUCGCUGCAGUCAUUUUUGGUUGGAUUCCAGAGGGCAAUUUUAAGAUGGGUCACGCCGUCCUGCUCUGUGCUAGCAGCAUGGCCACAGCGUUCAUCGCUUCUUUGCUGCUAGGUCUUAUCAUGAUUGGGGUUAUCAUUGUAUCCAGGAAGGUUGGCAUCAACCCAGACAACGUGGCCACCCCCAUCGCUGCCAGCCUGGGUGACCUGAUCACCCUGGCCCUGUUGGCUGGCAUUAGUACGGGCCUGUAUAAAGAGCUUGAAUUCAAUGAUUAUGCCAACCCAAUGGUGUGUGCCUUCUUCGUUGCCCUGACGCCCAUCUGGGUACUGAUUGCCCGGCGAAUACCUUCCACCAGGGAAGUUCUCUAUUCGGGUUGGGAGCCUGUAAUUAUCGCCAUGGCAAUCAGCAGUGUUGGGGGCCUCAUUCUGGAUAAGACGGUAUCCAACCCCAACUUUGCUGGAAUGGCGGUAUUCACUCCUGUAAUCAACGGUGUGGGUGGGAAUUUGGUAGCGGUACAAGCCAGUCGAAUCUCCACCUACCUGCACAUGAAUGCACUGCCCAUAGCAGAGCCAAACCCAGCUCCACAAAAAUGUCCCACUCCCUGGAGCACCUUCUUCGGGUCAGGUGUCAACACGCGCUCUGCGAGAGUGCUCUUCCUGUUGGUCGCUCCUGGUCACCUGAUCUUCCUGUACACCAUUAAUUCUAUGCAGGGGCAGGGUGGGCACACCACUCUCACCUACGUAUUCAUUGCAUUUUACCUGGCCGCAGCUCUGCUCCAGGUAAUAAUCCUGCUGUACCUGGCAGACUGGAUGGUUAACUGGAUGUGGCGUCGAGGGAUGGACCCAGACAACUUCUCCAUCCCAUACUUGACAGCCCUGGGAGACCUGCUGGGGACGGGCUUCCUGGCUCUGUGUUUCCAUAUCCUGUGGCUAAUUGGAGAUCGAGAUGGAGAUGUGGGUGACUGAUCCACACUGCUUCCCUUUGACUCUGUCCAAGCAACAGGAAAGCCACAUAAAGAAAUAAUAUCUAUAUUGUUAUGGCUACAAUGGGCUACCAUGAUUCUAUUGAUGACUUAAGACAUUAUUGCUUUAGUAUUGAGAUGUACAGUAAUUAUGUUGUUGUUUAGCUAGUGGGAGAACAAGGAUCCUCAUUAUUUUUCAAUGGGGUUGUUCGUCCCGUUUUAUGGCCAGUCGCAUUGACUGUAUGUAAAGAUGAGAUCAACCUAAACUUGAAAAUUUUCAAGAAAACAAAAACAAAAAGAAUGCAUAAUCGCCAAGUGCUAUGAAAUGGUUUAGGGAUAUAAAAUUAAAAUGUAAAUUAUUUGAUGUGUUUUGAGGGCAGCACUCACAACCUUGUGUGUACCUUUUGCAACUUUAAAAUAAUUAAUAUAAAUAAAAUGACACAAGUAAGCCAUUUGUAGGUAGAUUUCCCCAAAAAAUGGUUCUGUGGUGCUUUCAGAUCAUUGUUUGAGCAUCCCGAACAGCCCAACACAGAAACAUUGGCUCCGCCAAUGGUGUUAGGUUGGUGGCAGGUCUAUCUAUUUGGUAGACCAAUGGAAAACAAAGAAGGAAAUAUGUUUGAAAAUGGCCAUUAUUUUUGUGAUUCUGUUUGGUGGCGCAGAAAUUACACACUUCACCAUUAACUAAUGAAAGAGUAAACAUUUUUGGACCAUCACAGAGUGACCUGAAUAUCCUUAGACUACCUUUCGUGCAUUACGUUUGUUUCUCUUUAAGAUUACAAGGACUAAAAGAUUUCAAAUCCUCCAGCCCUGGCAUGGUGGUUCAGGUUAGCGAUGGAGCAUAUUGAGUAACAUCCCCAUAAGAAGGUCUUAAUAGCAGACGCUAAUCCUCAAAGGUGACCUUUUGUGUUAAAACACUGCAUGUACAGUAAAGUACUGUAAAAUUACAAAGCACUGAUCCCCCUAGACAUUUAACAGAUUAAAAAUACAUUUUCAGAGUCUAAAACUGCUUCCACAACUCUUCAAGCAGUUACAGACAGAAGUAAUAGUCAAAACAUCUAUAAGUUAAUCGUUGUUUUUUGAAAUCCCUAAAAUCCUAAAGUUGCGUGAUGCAUUAAGAAAGGUUUCUGGGUUCUUUACACUCAUCACCUUAAGAAUAAAAUAACAGACUUUGCCUCAGUUGUGUAGGUACAUUUCUGUAAUGUACACACAUCGAAGGCCAUUAUAUUGAAGUCCAUGUCUGUUAAAUCUACAACAUCUUUUCCUUGGACUCAAAAUACUGGGACAGUUAAAAGGAUAGUUUGUGAACUAGCCUUUUUACCAUUAUGCCCUUAAUCAAGACUUCGAAGUUUAUUCCAGGGAGAACGUCCCUACGAUUUGUGAACUCUAAGGCCUUUUUCACACCGCGCACAUUAGCAGUGUCAUUGCAUGUGUUACUGUACUUGCAUCAAGCGUUACAGAUGCCUGUUUUCAAUGGGUGAGUAGUUUAGUCCAUUUCUUCUUUGUUGCUUUAUUAAAGCCUAUAUUGCACAGAUUGUGUAAAUAAAUAGGUUUACAGUGCAUUUUUGUACCAAAAUAUAUACGCACCACUUGCGCGCUAGUUAACGCAUGCAGUGUGAAACAGGCCUGAGUUACUUUGAACAAAAAGCACUUGCUCUAUGACUAGAAACAUGAAACACUGCUUUAAAAGCUUUUUUUAAAAUGAAGAAUUUACUUAGAAUUAUGCAAAAAUGCUUGUUAGCAAAAGGGCUAUUUUGACAUUUAUAUCAGUGUACCAUUGCAUACUAUAGGCUAGUUGCAGAAAUGCUGUUUUAAGCUCUCUCAGAAUGUAAUUUGGAGCCAACCUUGUUUAAAAUCUCUAAAAGCUUUCCUUUCAUACAGGAAGGAAGCAGAGUUGAUUUCGUUUGACUGUUUUAGGACAUUAAUGCCACUCGGAAACACUUGAAAGGGCUAACAGGAUGGCUAACAGCUAAUUUGUAAAUUGGUACUACUCUGCCAUUAAUAAAAUCUCCUAAUAGUAGUUGCCAGUACAGUAUAUAUGUUUUUUUUGUUUUGUUUUUUUUUUAACAACUAGACAGGCCUUAUAAAAGCAACUUACCUCCAGUUAUGUACAAUGUGUUUGUUAAUUGUCAUGUUAGCCUCUCAUUGUUAAAGGGCUGUAUAGAAACAAUGCUCCAUUUGUUGGUAUCUCACCAGUUUGCACACAUCAAAUAUUCUUAGCAGAUACUCUGGCUGAUAUCAAAUACGGGGCCAACAAAAUGGAUUGUGCUGGGCACAUAACAUUAAAAAUGCAUUGUUUGUAAUAAAAAUCCCCCUAUUUUUACUGGAAAUGACAAAUCCUUGUCUGUUACUCUGGAAAACUGAAACUUUUUAUGUCUGAAAAUGUAUGUUUUUUUUUUUUUUUUUUUUUUGUUUGUUUUUUUGUUUUUUUGUUUUUUUAGUUUGUAGGCCGUUAUAGUGUGAUAUCUUCCAUUCUGACAGGCAUGUUUAAUUUCAGAAUACAGCAGAUCACUGUGCACAAGAUGUACUGUAAUGUCAUGAUUUGCCACAAGAGGUCGCACUUGUGCAAAAUCAUGUGUGUCGUAUGCAUAGACACGUUGUCAGAAAUAUCCAAUAUCCAUACCCAUCAGCAAUGCAUUCAAACAUCCUGAAUAUUACUGUGCAGCUGAACUGGUGCUGCCAUUGUAUCAUGACAGCUCUCUAUACUUGUGAAUAUUUCUUCAGGGGAUGGGAGGCUUUGUUUUAUUUAUUUCUAUAGAUGUGACAAAGCUAUUUGUACAUAAUAUAUUUAUUCUAUAAAUAAUUUGUUUAUUUUUCAUUUUGUUCAGAGUCUCAUUUAUGAUUUUUUUUUUUUUUUCUUCUUUGCAUUGGACCAGUAGAGAUGUUUACUGAACCUUUAUCAGUAAUUAUUUUUCUUUGGUAAACUUUAACAAAUAUAUCAAAGUUUGGUGCCUAAUUUCCAGCAAAACCUCACGCUCAAACCUGGUUCUGUGAAUUUGAUUUUAAUAUGCCUUAACCAAUCACAAGCACUUGACACAUAGAUUGUAUAGGAUUUCUGGUUUCUUCUUUUUUGUAUAUGAUCUUUUUUAAUUCAUUGAGUUGAUUUUCAUAUUGUUUUCAUUUGAUUUAAUUACACUGUGUGCUGUAUUCUGGCAGGACAAAUGUACCGGUGGUAACGUUAUCCAAAGCAACACCACUGAAAAUCCCAGAUUAAGGAAAAUUAGGAUUAUUUGCUAGUGGUUUGUCUAAUCUGUCACAUAUUCCCUUGUAUUUACCUUUGCAAAUUUAGAACAGAUUAACAUUGAUGUCAUUUGAACUUCCUACAAGAACAUUUAACCUUCCUUACGUUAAAUUGAGCCCAUAUAUGACUAUAGAGGAAAUGGACUAAAAUACCCAAAGAAAGUUAGACUGUACUGCUAGAAGUUGUAGCUGCCUGAUUAUCUGAUGUAUUACACUGCCUGCACAUUAUUUUUACAAUGUGUUUCUACCCUACCCCACCAAUUCUGUCAAGGUUGCUUCAAUUUUACACUGUCAAGGGGAUUUAACAGAGGUACUUGUAAAUUGCUGGAAAUAAAAGAUUAUAUUUCGUAA